UGGACGUAAACAUACACUCCGUUCUCCACACUCUCUCGGCCUCCGCCAUGGCGCUUUCUCCUUCGACACCUCCCCUGCCCCUCUCCCCUCUCCUCCCCCGAGCCGAGCGAAACCCUUCCGCGCCCUCCACCGAAACCCUAAGGAAGCGCCUCGUCCGCAAGGGCGUCGUCCCCACUCCCAAGAUCCUCCACGCCCUCCACAAGAAGGAGGCGCAAAAAUCCCUCCGCCGAUCGAAGAAGCGUGCCGUACGAGACGAAUCCCCUCCCCUCUCCGAGUCCCAGAGGGAGGAAUUGGAGGAUGAGGCCCGGUUCCGCGCCAUCGCCACCGAGUACCGUGCGGUGAGGGAGGAGCUGCGGCGGCGGGGCGAGGUGGCGCCGCCGCUCGCCGGGAUGCCGUGGGAGGGGUUGGGGGGUGUCGAUUUGAGAGGGGUUUUGGGUGAUGGGGAUGGGGAUGGAGGGGGGAGGCUUAAAGGAGAGCACUUGGUGGAGUUGAGGGAGAUGCUUGCGGAGAGGAACGGGGAGCGGUUCCGGUGGCUUCUGGAUGAUGAUGUAGAACUGAACGAAGGCGUCGAGGCGGGGCAAGGGAGGAAACGGGAUUGUUCGAAGCAAAACCAGUUGGGAGAUGAUGAAAAGAUCGAAUUGCUAGCGAAAAGGCUCAGCGAAACUGAUCUUGAUUUGCAUGAUUGGAAGUUUCCGAGGUUGAUGAGACAAUCCGGCUUACUCUUUAUCGAGAUGUAUGUACUGAAGAUAAUUGCGAGACUUGGAACUCUUGGGAGUUGGAGGCAAGCCCUAUCUGUUGUUGAAUGGAUUUAUAAUGAGAAAGAUUACAAGCAUCGGAAAAGCAGGUUUGUUUAUACAAAGCUUUUAGCAGUUCUAGGGAAGGCAAGGAGGCCUACUGAAGCUCUUCGUAUUUUCAAUAUGAUGCGGGAAGAUGGUCAGAUAUAUCCUGAUAUGGCUGUAUACCAUAGUAUUGCCGUCACACUCGGUCAGGCAGGUCUUCUAAAUGAGUUAAUCAAAGUCAUUGAGUAUAUGAGGCAGAAGCCUUUGAAAAAGAUUAGGAAUAUGAAACGAAACUGGGAUCCAAGCUUGGAGCCGGAUGUGAUUAUAUACAAUGCGGUUUUAAAUGCUUGUAUUCCAUCUCAUCAAUGGAAAGGAGUAUUUUGGGUGUUUCAGCAGAUGAGAUUCAGUGGCUUGAAACCUACUGGAGCAAGUUACGGAUUGGCCAUGGAAGUGAUGCUGAAUGCUGGGAAAUAUGAAUUUGUUCAUAGAUUCUUUGAGAAAAUGCAAAAAGGUGGAUUAACGCCAAAAGCAUUAACUUACAAAGUUUUAGUGAGAGCCUUUUGGCAAGAAGGUAAAGUGGAUGAAGCAGUUAAAGCAGUCAGAGAUAUGGAACAAAGAGGAGUAGUUGGAGUAGCAAGUACAUAUUAUGAAUUGGCAUGUUGCCUUUGCAACAAUGGAAGGUGGCAAGAUGCCAUGCUGGAGGUUGAGAAACUGAAAAACCUUUCUUUCGCUAAGCCACUGGAGGUAGCAUUUACUGGUAUGAUAUUGGCUUCAUUGGAUGGUGGACAUCUCAAUGACUGCAUCUCGAUAUUUGAACGAAUGAAGGAUUACUGUACUCCUAAUAUUGGAACCAUAAAUGCCAUGCUGAAAGUUUGCAGCCGUUCCGACAUGUUUGCAGAAGCAAAAGAACUGUUUGAAUCCACAAAGGCCACGUUCUCCGGUUUUGGGAUCUAUAGUGAUGAUGGUUCAUUACUUAAGCCAGAUGAAUAUACGUACAGUACCAUGCUUGAUGUGUCUGCUUCUGCCCACCAAUGGGAAUAUUUUGAGUAUGUGUACAAGGAGAUGGCACUCUCAGGUUAUCAACCAGAUCAGAAGAAAAUUGCAGGGUUGCUGGUUGAAGCAUCCCGAGCUGGCAAGAUGCAUUUGCUGGAGCAUGCAUUCGAUGCUAUUCUGGAGGCAGGAGAAAUCCCGCAUGAAUCAAUGUUCACUGAAAUGAUUUGCCAGACAAUUGCUCACAACAACUUUGAAAGAACUGUGAUUCUAGUAAACAGCAUGGCUCAUUCAUCGCUAAGAAUAAAUGAAUCACAGUGGGCGAACCUCUUCCAAAAUAACAAGGAUCGAUUCAGCAGUGCUACAAUGCAAGAUCUAUUGAACUAUUUCCACAGCUGUAAUCUUGUGACUGAAGAACCUGUCCCUAGUUUUCUCAAAUCAUUGCAUUCCAUCUGCCGAACUAGACUGUUAAAGGACGCUUCUAUUGUAGCUGAUAAACUAAAUGAUGAGGACAGUGAUAUACAUUCUAGCAAGGAAAAUUCCACAUUGCAAGAAAUGGUUACAGAAUCGAUCAGUUUAGCUUUUGAAGCUGAGGGCAAAGAGAUGCACUCUUUACUAAACUGCGACUCACGGGCUUCUAUAACUGAUACAGCACUUGACAUGCUGACUAUGAAUGUUGGCAAUCCCUAUGCAGAGUUGCCGUCAGCUUUGGAGAUUCUUGAAUCGUGGAAGCAAGACAGGAUGAAAGAUGAUGCUUUUCUAUCAACAAUGAGUAGAAAAGUAGAAUGGAAAUAAUUGGGUAUCAUCUUUUUCAAAUUUUCCACGUGAUGAAUAUGUUGUUUGAUAUUGUAUAUUUCAAUUGCGGUUAUACAUUUCAGGGUAUCAUCUCCAAUUUGAGCUCUUUGGUCCCAUUCUUGAAGCAGCAGUCUGAUCUUUUUAAGAAGAAUCAAUUUGAUACCUUUUUUUUUUGUCAUUAUAUUGGAUUUGAAUCGGAUUUAUGGCAGCAAGCACAGAUCACAGUUUCUAUACUUCAAAAUUGGUAGCUGGUACAUCAAAUAUUCAUGUGUGAUCAGUUGUGUUAUCUGAACGGUAGAUGAAAUUUUGCUUGCGAAGCUGACAUUGUAGGGGCCUUAGUGAAAAAAUUUGUAAAUUAUUGUACAUUUAGCGUCGCGCUAGUUGUGAAAUUCCGUUGUUUCUAAUGUGGAUGGGUUUCUAUUUAA